AUGCACUAUUUCUCCUUUACCUCUCUGGGCUUCGCUGGCCUCGCCCUUUGUGUUGCUACCAAUGAUGUCCUUGAUCGAGAAAAUGGACGGCCACAUGAUUUCAUAUAUUGGCAAGACAAGCAGAAUAACAACGUGGACUACCAUGGCCUACCAGAAAACAUGAGGACCAAGUCAGCCGGAUUCCAUCACAUUGGUAACGAUGGCAUUUUGCGCGUCUUCAACGAAGCUGGUGAGGUCAUAGAUUAUGCCCAACCCUCCAUUGAUGAGUUGAAGACUAUGAUCGAAAUUUCUCCCCUUUCUCCAGAGGAAAGACAGAGUAUGCUCAACGUCUGGAGUGGCAUGGAUAACGUUCAGAUAAGCAUGGAGCAAAUCUGGCAGCCGCCUACGGAUCUUCUCCCUCUCAAGUUAGCGGAUCCGGAGGCCUUUGCCCGGGAGGUGAAGAAUAGAAAGCAGCAACAGGCUCGGUAUCAGUCCAGUAAACCAAACCCACUUUUACGAAGAGAUUCUCCGAGUCAUUGUCUACACGUGGAGUGCCACAAGAGUGAAAUCUGUUGGUACUCUCAUUGCUCGUGGUGCUUCUUCGUCGGCGCCUCUCCAAUCGGUACUUGUAGAGGAGAAAGAUAA